CGGGCGCUGGGGCUAUUCGCCAACCGGUGCGGACUCAGGUUCGCCCCAACUCCGGACCUGGGCCGCGGGGCUCUCGGGCGCUGUUCCCGGCCCCGCGCGGACUUCGGAACUGGCACCGGGACUGACAGGCGCCGCAACCCCAGCGCGUCUCCGCCGGACCGGAGCCGGGCAGGCCUGUCCCCUGCGAGAAUGCGGGCCCAGGCGGCCCUGGACGCGCCCCCGAGCGAGAGGUUCCUUCCCCAGGACCCCGCGGCUUCCCGGGACCUGGACGCGGCGCGGCCGACGCGUAGGAGCGCCGUGGAGAGGCUGGCGGCAGACCGCGCCAAGUACCUGCGGGGCCGGCCGGGGGCCGGCCGGGGCUCAGCUCCCGAGGACAGCGGCCCCGGGGCGAUCAAGGAGCAGGGCCACGACCCCGGGCCUCCGGCCCGCGCUCCGGGUCCGGUGUUGCGCAGGGCUAUUGCGCGGAAGCCGCUGAGGCCAGACUCGCUGGUCAUCUACCGGCAGAAAUGCGAAUUCGUGCGAGGACCGGGCGCCGACGGCUCCAGGGCGAGCCUGGUGAAGAAGCUUUUCCAGGGGCCGGGCAAGGACAAGGCGCCGGGACCCCCGGAGACGCCCCGGCUGGGAGAGGAGGGCAAGGCCGGGGACGGGGAGGCCGCCCCGAGCAAGCUCGGCCCCGCGGCGGCUCCCGCAGCCCCAGCUGCCCCCGCGCCCCGCGAGACCCCGGCCCCCGCCCAGCCGACCGCAGCGCCCGCCGGGGUCCCGGCUGCGCGCCCGUGCCCCGAGCUGCGGGCGGCGAGGCGCGGGGGGCUGCGGCGCUCGCAGUCAGACCUCAGCUCCCGCCACUCCGCGAGCAUGGCCGAGUUUGAAACCUUCUUCCAGUACUGCGGUCUGGACCCCGAGGUGGUGGAGGCUCUUGGGAGGGAGAACUUCUCCGUGGGGUCGGACCACGUGGGCCUCAAGGUGCGCAGCGUGAGCGUCGCCACCUCCGACAGCGGCUUCUCCCGGCACAGCGGCGGCGGCGAGGAGGGGCUGCAGGAAGAGGAGCUGACGGAGCAGGUGCCCAGCACCACCUCGGUCAUCGAGAGGAACGCCCGCAUCAUCAAGUGGCUGUACACCUGUAAGAAGGCCAAGGGGACCCCCAGCCAGGGGCUGCAGGGGCCGGCGUGACCGCCUGCGCCCGAGGACACCAGGACCCAAGAUCACCGGUAGAAGUGAGGAAAGCUGUCCAAGACUAGCCCCAGGGCAGCUGCGUGACACCUGAAGUCUCCCACUGUCCUCGAGAUGAAGUGCAGUAAAAACAGUUUUGGACAUUCAGCACUUUGCGUGUCUCUAAUUGCUUCAUCAGUCUUUUGCUUAAAAAUAUUUUCUUCAUGUUUUGUUAGUAUUAUCGUUGGAAAAUGAGGACAAAGGUAAAAAUGAAAGCACUGUUUGUAACCUUUCUCAUUAGCUCAUUAGGUGAGGCAAACUGCUCUCAUGAGGUUUGUUUUCAGUGUCCCUGGCGUGGCCUGGGCGUGUGCUGCCCGGGUCGUGCGUGAGGCGAGAAGCUGGCUCCGCCCUCGCUGCGCUGACCGGGCCGGGCUGGCUGCGUGUUCAGGCUUGCUGUGUGUGGCUCCCGCCUAAACCUCUGCCAGCACCAACGACAGGCAUUCUGCCGCACCCCUGUGUGUCCGUGAAGCGCACGGACACAUCCCUGGUGCUGCAGAAACUCGCAACUGCUGGGAAACAGCCUAGGUGUUGUGUGCUGUGGCUUCUGUCACACCGACCAGCAGCAGGUGCCGUUUUUCGUCCUCAGGGAAGGGUGGGGGCUUACACAGUGGUUAGGUGUUUCAGCUUUGUUUGCAUGUUCAUUGAUGAAUUCAGUAGAUUUAUAUAAUAUUUAAAUGUUCUGGGUUGGAAAAAUUAAACAAAAAGGAAAUUGAGUGUCUCA